AGAAAAUCUCAGAAAACCUCCUAUGCUGUGGUCUUUACAUUUAACGUGAUUAACAUCAGCAUGCCAGAAGACCCUGUGUCUAGAGGCAACACCAACCAGAAAGUGCAGGAUACCAUCAAUAAUGCGCUGAACACUCUUCUGAAUGAACCCUGGAAGUCCAAAUUUACAACCCAAGUCAUCAAACUUCACAAGCACUUCAAACCAGAUUGAUGGCAGAAUGGAAUACACCUUCCAGGAUAGAGAUCUCAUACAACCAGUCAGCUUCCUCAAUGAGCUUCGUUCACAGACAGUCUUAACGACAGCCAGCACUCUGACAACUACUCCACUGAUAGUGCGUGGCAAAGCGCUUAUAUUCAUUCGCCUCGUGUUUGUCACACUGGGCCCCCUGCCAAAUCCAGAGAAGGUUCUUGAGGUGGCCAACACUCUGCUUCAGACGCGUCUCAAAACUAAACAAGACACCAGUACUCAAGACCUGAGUGAUCCUGUGAGCUUUGUCAAUGUCACAUAUACAAAAAUAAAUGAGACGGCCUAUGCUCUCAACUUUGGAUUUGAAAUCAGCAAUAUAACCAUGACUGAGAAGCUUGAACUCAGGAAUGGCACCCACCUGUUAAUACAAGACUCUAUAAACUCAUUGCUGGGCAAGAUCCUUCUCAGUAACUCAUCAGCGCCUAUAAUUUAGUUUCAACC